AAACUCAGAGAUCUGCCAGCCUCUCCUCCAGUCUCUGUCUUGAGUGCUGGAAUUAAAGGCACAGCGCGACGCCUGAUACCUGCAAAAUUCGGAGAGCUGUGCACUAAGGAAGGUGAAUGUUAUAGAUGUAAAUAACAUCUCAAUGAAGGACUUAAUGAGCCGGAUGGCGGAAAGGUGAUUGCAUUCCACAAGGAGGAAAAUAGAUGUGGGUGUUCAUUUAAGGCACACACAGAAUUUAUAAAUGAAACUCUGGAUCAGCAAAGGAAGAUGUUAGCUAAUAAAACCAUUAUACGGGAUGCAAGGACUCCAUGGUGACAAUGAGACUCAGCAGUGUGUAGGGCUAGAUUGCUGCGGGCGGCUUUGCAUCCACCCCUGCGGGGUUGCAGGUCAGCCAGGAGGCGUGGCCUCGGCGCUGCUCCGAGCGGAGUUGGGUUAUCCCAGGUGCAGGAACGUGGAGUCAUGGCCGCUCCCCGAGACGCUGAGAUCCACAAGGACGUUCAGGUAUUAUGGCUGUGGUCUGGUUGUCCCUGAGCUCCUGGAAAACUGCCGGAUUUUGGAUCUGGGUUGCGGAAGUGGCAGAGACUGCUAUGUGCUUAGCCAGCUAGUUGGCGAGAAGGGACAUGUCACUGGAAUAGACAUGACUGAGGUCCAGGUGGACGUGGCUAAAACCUAUCUUGAGUACCACAUGGAAAAAUUUGGUUUCCAGGCACCCAAUGUGACUUUUAUUCACUGCUGCAUUGAGAAGCUGGCAGAGGCUGGGGUGCAGAAGGAGAGCCAUGACAUCGUUGUAUCCAAUUGUGUUAUCAACCUUGUCCCUGAUAAAGGACAAGUGCUUCGGGAGGUGUAUCACGUGCUCAAGUAUGGUGGGGAGCUGUAUUUCAGUGACGUCUAUGCUAGCCUUGAAGUACCAGAAGACAUCAAGUCACACAAGGUUUUAUGGGGUGAAUGCCUGGGUGGUGCUUUGUACUGGAAGGAUCUUGCCAUCAUUGCCCAGAAAAUUGGGUUCUGUCCUCCGCGUUUGGUCACUGCCAAUCUCAUUACAGUUCAAAACAAGGAACUAGAAAGUGUUCUUGGUGACUGUCGCUUUGUGUCUGCCACGUUUCGACUCUUCAAACUCCCUAAGACAGAACCAGCUAAAAGAUGCCGAGUUGUUUACAAAGGAGGAAUCACAGGGCAUGAAAGAGAACUAAUCUUCGAUGCAAAUUUCACGUUCAAGGAAGGCGAAGCUGUUGACGUGGAUGGAGAGACCGCGGCUAUCUUGAAGAACUCACGUUUUGCUCCAGAGUUUCUCUUCACACCUGUUGGAGCCGAGCUGCUGGUUGCCCAGGGCUGUUCUGGAUUAGAAACAAAGGAUAUAAUCAGAGAUCCAUUCAAGCUUGCAGAGGAAUCUGACAAGGGGAAGCCCAGACAUGCACCCGACGGCUCUGGAGGCUGCUGUGGCAAAAAGAAAAGCUGCUAGAUCGAAGGCCAUCCCAGAGCUCACCGCAAGAGCAGCAGGCCACAAAAGAACGGCUCACAUAGGCUUUUAAACCCACUCUUCCCCCGUGCAGAGAUUACGGGAAGAUGGCAAAGGCGCCACAAUCUAGAUUACUCCGAAGUGUGAGUUUUAGAAGGUAUUAAUCUAAGGUUCACAGCAAAUCACUAGUGUUUCUAUUUCACUAUUUCAGAGUUCUGGUGCCACCUAGUGGUCAGAAGUAGAACUUGGAAGCUUAUUAAAAUUGGAGGAGGAUGGUGGGAGAACAUCUUCCUUCUGGCCUACCACAGGACACAUCUGCAUUUUUCUCUGUAUUUCCUCAGGAAGCAGAAUCCCUACUAAAUUUACACUAACUAUGCCAAAAUAUUGUCAAGUCAAAUUUUGUAGGAAUACCCUUCAGUUCCCUGUCUUCAACCUUUUCUUCUUUCUUUCUGUAAUUGAAUGAAGAAUAAAAUGAAUAAUAAAUUUGACCUUAGUUCACUUUGAUGAUUGACAUCAUAGUGACUGUCCUGGUCUGUCUUAA